AUGGCGGCGCAGGAUAGCGAUGGAGAGGAGGAUUUUGUCAGCUAUGGGAAAGCUCUGGAGCUCUACGAGGAAGGAGAACAGCCAAAGAAACCAGUCCCUCUUCAUGAUCAGACUGUUAAGGAUGAGAAGGGACGUUAUAAGCGUUUCCACGGAGCCUUCACUGGGGGAUUCUCCGCUGGGUACUUCAAUACCGUUGGUACUAAAGAAGGUUGGGCCCCGUCAACCUUUAUUUCGUCGCGUUCUGGAAGAUCAGAAAAGCAAACCAGUCGGCCGGAGGACUUUAUGGAUGAUGAGGACCUCAGUGAAUUCGGAAUAGCCCCCAAAGAAAUUCUCACUACAGAUGAAUUUGCGUCAAGAACCAAAGACAGAAUUAGGGAGAAGGCCAGGGAACUUGCGUCUGUAACAGCACCGAUCCCAGGCGCCACCAUACUUGAAGAUUUAAUUGCACCAGCAAAGAUCAGUAUAGGUAUCCAGUUGCUGCGGCAGAUGGGCUGGAAAGAAGGACAAGGAAUUGGGCCAAGGACGAAGAAAAGAGCAAAGAAACAAAUGCCUGAUAAUGUGAAGAUGUAUGGCUGUGCGUUACCACCAACGGGCUCUGAAGAAUCUGAGGAUGAAGAUGAAUACAUUCCUGAGAACGUCACAUUUGCUCCCAAAGACGUGACCCCUGUAGACUUCACCGUCAAAGACAAUGUCCAUGGGCUUGGCUACCGAGGGCUCGAUCCUCGCCAGGCUUUGUUUGGGGGAUCAGACAUGCAGUUAAAUUUAUUUGGUGAUGGGGCUGACAAAAUGAGCAAUGUUCUGGAUAUAAGGCAUGUUAAAGGGAGGAAAGUUGGGAUAUCCGGCCAGGCAUUUGGGGUAGGAGCCUUGGAGGACGAGGAUGACGAUAUUUACGGCACGGAUUCCAUGUCUAAAUACGAUACGGUUUUGCGAGACGAGAGUGGAGAUGGACUAUUUGGAUGGACUGCACCAAAGGAAUAUAAAAGCAAAAAGGGGCUGCCCAAAGAGCUUCAGUAUGUAGAUAACGUUUUGGACGGCUUCUGCAUAGCAACCAAACCAACUCCCACUAAGAAGAUUUUCUCCCCUCCGGAGCUUCCCAGAGAUUAUCGCCCCAUUCACUACUUCCGACCCGUCCUGUCUCCAAACGCUCACAGCUCUUCGGCUCUUCACGCAAUGCUGGAUUCAUCCCAAAAACCUCCUAACCCUACCAAGGAGCUGCCACCCAGCCGACACCAACUAAACUCUUCGCAGCGGGGGGAGAUGUUGGGAGAGACGCGUCUGCAGGGUCCUACAUCUGUGCUGGAGAUGCUUUCGGAUAAAGACCAGGAGCGGAUCAGACAAGUAAAAGCGGCGGCAGAGCAGCAAAAGCUUAAAGCUCAGAGCCUCGCUCAGGAAGCACUAAAAAGCCGCUUUCAGUCUGUCUCUGCCCCGGACACCCCGAGCCCCCCGCAGGCAGGACUACUCGGGCGAGAGGCUCUUCCGGCACAAGCUGGAGACUUCCGACCGUUUGAGAAAAAUCCAGAUAAACAGCAGAGAUAUGAAAUCUACAUCAGGAAGCUUCACCAAGGAGAAAAAGAUGCUUUGGACAGCAGUCUGGACACAAAGAUGACAGAGUGGGAGCGUAGCCGGGAGCGAGAUGAAUUUAUGCGAUCAGCGACGUUAUACAAAUCCACCAACUCCAUGCUGUCUUCCCGGUUCACACGGGGUAAAUAUGAAGAAGACUCAGAUAAAGUGGAGGUUCCGAGGGACGAAGAGGGUGAUCUGAACGACAAAGCAUCCGCUGUGAAGAUGAAAAUGUUUGGGAAGCUGACGAGGGACACGUUUGAGUGGCACCCAGACAAACUGCUUUGUAAAAGGUUUAAUAUACCUGAUCCUUAUCCUGGGUCAACUAUGGUGGGACUGCCAAAAGUCAAAAGGGACAAGUUCUCUGUGUUCAAUUUUCUCACUAUUUCUGAGACCCCCAAACCUAUUGAGACUUCUACAAAACCGGAACAGUCGCAGCAAUCAUCUCAAAGCAAACCCAGGAAGCCGUCUAGGUGGGAUUUAUCUGCCGGAGAACAAAAGGACUCGGUCAGUGACUUUUUGAGUCGUGCACGGAGCGAAGUUGAUGUCAAAAAGGAACAGUCUGCUACUUCAGUAUCAAAUAUAAUGUCUACGGCACCGCUACCGGCGAAGGUUUCUGCUGAGCAAACCGAUCAGAUCCAAGAUCCAGAAGUUGAAGAAAAGAGGCCAUCCAUGGAUUUAUUCAAAGCAAUCUUUGCUGAUUCUUCAGAUGAAAAGUCAUCGGAAGAGGAAAGUGAGGAGGAGGAAGAAGAGCCUGCUUCAGCUGUAAACAAGCCCGAAACGCCAUUGUCCAGCGUGCAAGAUCCUAAUCCAGUAACGGAAGCCCCAGCACCACCAGUUGUAACAGAAUUAAAGGAAACACAGGAGAGCAUGGACGCCUGUGAAGAAUUUGGUCCCCGGCUGCCACCUCCAGUGUUAUCUGGGGGUUCCGGGAAGUCUGAUCAUAUCCGGGUGUCGGGUAUAGAUGAGCCUAUUAAGAAACAGAAACAAAAGAGAAACAAGGAGAAACGCAAAGUGAAAAAGGAGCGAAAACACAAGAAAGAAAAGAAGAAAAAACACAAGAAGCAGAAACACAAAGCUAAACAGCGAUCUAAGAUGGCGGAUGGGAGCAGCUCGGACUCGGAAGAGAGCAGUGAGAGUCCCAGCGAGGCGGAGGGCGCAGCGGAGAUCACCCCGCGGGAACUAUUAAAGAGGCUGAAAAAUCUUCCCAUCCCUCGGUAGCAGAAAGUUCCAGUUUUUGCUUCUCUAAUGAAGAAUAAUCGGCUAUAAACUCCUCAAUUGGAUUUUCAGAGCAAAAUGUUUUGUAAAUAUGUAUAAAAAAGUGAAAUCAGAGUGAAUAAUAUUUUGAGAAAUAAACAUUUGGUUUGUUUUUCUUAAUUGAAAAAA